AUGCCGAAAAGCAAAAUUAACCAUGGCCCCUGUUCUAUCUAUAAUUGUGAUAAAAGCUCUAAAGAUUUUCGAUGUCUAUCUAGCUUGGCAAUAAAAAAGGCAUCUAUUAAAGGAAAUCUUCGGUCGUAUCCUUAUUUGCUACCUGGUUACCAAUUUUGUAGUCCUCAUUAUACAGUUAUUGUUGAAAAUCAGUUACCUACACCUGCGCCUGCACAAAAUGAGUCCUAUAAUGAAGCGUCUACUCCAACAUUACCAAUUAACCUAUUACUAGAAGAUAAGAAA